AUGGUUGACAUGGAUAUCACAAAAGACAUUCAAAUCGGGCAAGACGCGGAAGAGAGUAAGUUAGCUGAGUUUCCCUCGGAUCGCACGCCAGACUGCGGCUAUCCUACCAACCCUGGUCCCCCAGCCCGGGCAAGUAUUCCUUGUGACGAGCGAGUCACCUUGGUGAACGAGCCUUUUCAGCGCGUUCUGAGCGCCUUGGCAGACCUUGAGCGGGACGAUCCAAAGUUAGGCUUCCAAGAAGCGCGAAUUUUGGGUAUCUAUCGACGCCUAUAG